UUUAUUUUUGUUUUUCAUUUUUAUUCAUUGAUGAUGGGUAAAUCAUAGUAUUUUUAUUAUUUAUAACUUUAACACACUAUUAAUUGGUAAUUAAUUGCAGAGGAAAAAUAAUUUAUUAUAGUGUUAAUUUUUCCUUUUUUUAAAUUAAAGCUUGAUGAACUUACCUAUAAGAUAAACUGUACAAGGAAUAAAAAAAAUGACUAAUUAUAAGGAUAAUUCAUCAUCGUCCUCAGAAGAGGAUGAAAAUAUAAAACAAGCAUUGAGAGAAGCUACCGAUCAAGAUUUAUUUAAAAAUUCUUUUUUUUCUGGAAAUAAAAGUGAUGAAGAAGAAAAAAAAGUUGACAAUGUUAGUGAUAAAUUAGAAGAAAAACAACAAUCUCAAGAGUUUUAUAAUUUUGGAGUAUCCGUACAUUUUCAAGAGUUUGUCGGUAAAAAAUUAACCGAGUAUCUUGAUAGAGAAAUUGAACUGGUAGAAAUUACUCCGAAAAAAUGUAAAAAUAAGACAAUUGAUGGUGGAAUAAAAUUGCUUAAUGAAUCAAUAGAUGUAAUAAAUUGUGAAGAAGAAAUAUCGUCAAUUAUACCAAAGAAGAAAAAAAGAAAACUAAGAGAUAGAAGUGAAAAUAAUAUUUCAAAUUCUGAAAAAUGUCAACAAGCUGCUGUUGAUCCUCAAUUUAUUUUAUCUAAAUCGGAAGUUAUGUCGUGGAAUGAACGGCAAAAGGGGACUGUUUUUAAUUAUAAAAAAAUGCCUGAUGGUAAAUUAGUUCAAUGUGAUUAACUUAUUAAAUUGUUAUCUUAUUUAUUAUUAAAUUUUUUAUAAACUAAAAUUAUAUUUCUUCUAUUUAUAAAAUUUUGAAUAAAUAUUUUACAUUACCGGUAGAAAAAGUACUUGCAAAUACUUCCGUUCGCUUUCCGCGCAGAAGCGCUAUUGUCGCGUUCAUGAAAAUGGU